UCAUUCUUCAACUACAUUGUCAGUGUAAGAAAAUUUUUGUUUAUUUUGACUACUGUCAUGCAUUAUGUGCGCACUUUUAAACUUCGCGAAAAUCGAUGUUAGCGGUCACUGCGGUUUAUUUUUAAAUUUUCCUUAUCUAACCAUAAAUACCCUAUAUAAGGUAUGAAAAGACUACGUCAAUGUAACCAACGUUUGAACUGCCAUAACUGUGCCUUUUACAGAAGAUGUAAACGUAUCAAUAAAUGGUUACUGACCGAGAUUUCGGUAACGCCGACGUUACCGGAGGCUGUCACACCUGCUGUCCUUCCUGUGAACGUCGAGCCGUCUUCAGUGAACACUGAUAGCAUGACCAUUGAAACUGAGGUAGUACCAUCGCCACCUUGCAGGAGCCUAACACCAGCUGCCAGUACUUCAAAAAUGUGCCCAAAAGUGUCUUUUGGACGUGAUGAAAUAAUAAGUAUGCUACUCCAAAUCAUUUUUACCACGGACAUAUCAAAAGCAGGAUGUAAAAUAAUCAUGCAGAUCUUCCAUGAAAGGUGGCCUCAACUACCUACAACUAUGAGAGGUAUACUGAGAAUGUGUGACUCCCGCGUGUCAAGACUAGUUGGAGACGGAAUCAAUUGCCACAUCGGUCUCCUGAAGUGUUUGCAGCACCAUGCGGAGAUGUCUCCGAACGAAGAUUCCCACAAAAAGGUCAAUUUAGAUUCGAAUGUCGACGGAUUGUCCAUCUCGAAGUCUUCUAACCAGCAGCUAUCGCCCCUGUUAGGUAGAGUUAUUGCACCUUUCCUAAGUAGUGUAUUCCUGAUAGGUAUAUACGGUGGUCCUAGCAAACCUGAAUUGAUUGCGUCAACUGUCGACAUUCCUGUAUUCAAUGACAAGCGGACUAAUGAGACUGUAAAUUUUGUUUAUAUCAUAUUUACUCAUUUCUUACAGAACGAAAGGAAGACUUACGCUGUGUUAACAAAACCUGAUGGAAAGGAAUUCUUCCUAGCUGCGAGAAAAUGGAUGGCGUCGGAUGAAAUGUGCGUGUAUCACAGCAGUGUAACAGAGUCUGAAGUUGAAGCGUGUAUAAUGCCUAGACCGUAUUGGUUCAUGAUUUCCUGUCAGAUGUUAGCCGAGACAGACUCUUUUCUAGAAGCCAAGACUACUUUGUCAGCUGUACUACGAAUGCACAGUAUCAUGGCCAGGUCAGAUAAUCCCGAGAAGACCAAACGUGAACGAGUGGAGACAAAGGAUUGUGACUCGUACGUUGACUCCGCUGAACUAGAAGCAAUGGAGGCACAGAGAGUGUUCUGGUCAUCUAAAUACCCUAAAACCAAUUUCAUGGAUACUGUGAUGUUACCGACAGCCAGCACUUCCAGUCAACAAGAGCUAGUGGCGACGUCGUCACCAGUCACAGCCAAUUCUGCAGCUUAUGUAUGUUAUUUUUAAUAACGGGUUACUUUGUAGUAAGGAAAACAUGAAUUCCCUUAAAUAAGUGGUUACCGAGUUGAAUUCCUUUGUUAAGGUGGUGACGCAGUUGGUUUCACUUGAUGGGUCGAGCAACGUGUCCAUCUUAAGGACCACACCUGUAUUGAAUACCAUUUUGCAGUUUCCCAGGACGUUCUCUUCCUGAAAUAGCCUUCAAUCACGUGGCAGCAUAGCACUUAACCAAAUAUAUUCUGUUCACUGGUUGACCAUAACAAUUAGCAGGAGACGGAGCGAAGUUUGGGUUGUCGCUCAACUCUGGUGAUGACCUUAGUGAAGGGAUUACAAUUUAGCAUAUAUGAGGACCUGUUCCGAUUGC